CCCUUCUCAGUCUGCAGGGGAAGCUGGAGCAGACGCGUGUGUCGAGCAGGGCUGUCUCUGCUUGCGGUAGGCCCGCCAAUGACACAGUAAUAUUCGACCCGUUAUAGAGUUUGGGGAGCUUCCAUUGCGGCUCCGCCCCCUUUCCAUUGUGGGCGUGGGACGUUAGGAUGUAUGUAUAUAUAUACUCAAGUCUCCGCCGCGGCCGUACUGCAUAACGGCUUAUGGGUUAAAAACUCACCUCGGUCCAUCGUUCCAACAGCGCCGUCUCCUCGAACACUACAGCCUCGCGCAUCCAAGGAGAAAUUUCCCACGACGGUCCGCUCCUCGUAGCCCGGGAUCGCACGGCGGACAGACGCGUGAAAGGAGGAAAGGAAAAGAAAGAAGAAUAACAUCAAGAAGAGCAUAAUGUCCCGCUCGGUCUUGACACUCCUCAGCCUUGCCGGCCUCGCCGCCGCGGCAGUCGAUAUCACGGCCCUGAACAAGAACGUCUCGGCAACGUCCGGGACGGGUGCGGUUAGCGCAGCGGGGACACUGGAGCCGUUCGGCGGUGUCGGGGUCGGAUGCGGUAUCAACUGGGCUGAGGGAGAGAGCUACGGAGGCGGUCUGCAAUCUGGCUCCGAAUCCUUCGGCCUCGGCGGUGGGUUCACCAUCACCGAGAAAACGAUGACUAUCGGCCUCGGCAUCGGCAUCAACGGCCCGCUCAGUUUCAACACCACUGUCGACUACGAGGCCUCGACAAAUGGCAGCGCGAGUGUCGUCUUCACCUCGACCAAGGAGAUCAAGUGUGAGGAGACGACGGUGAACGGCCUCAAAGGCUUCCGGUGCACUUCGGCUUAGGACGGAUGGGGUAAGGGUAUUGAAUAGGGGAGAUGGAUGCAAUCUGGUAUCCGAGCGUGAAGAGUUCCUAAGUUUCUAUUAUUACCAAUAAAUCUACUGCCUUCCGGGAGACUUGAGAAUGCAGUUUCCAACCUGUAGAAGAUGGUGUCUGUCGGCUACCGUUGGGUGAGGAGUCUGCGAGAAACAGGAGGCCGAACCGUACGGUCCAUAU